AUAACAUGUAUAAAAAUGGAAGAAACUGAGCCUAAUUCCUUACAAGAACUGUGUUGUCGAAAAAUACAUAUAACAAUUUUCUUGAUUCAAGUGAUGGAAGAAGAAAUCGAGCAAAAUGUCAGUGCAAACUUUGAAAUAGACAUGCACUGUGCCUGUAAAGGUUGCAAUUCAAGAGUUCACAAAUGCAUUCAAGAUUUGCAGGAUAAUAAAGGCCUAAAGUCAUCAGGGAUUUCAAUCGAGCAGAAGGGAACAAAGUUCAUGGUAAAAUUAGUUGGCAAAUUGAAUCCAGUGAAGCUGCAAAAGAAACUAAAGGGGAAACUGAAGAAGAGAGUUGAACUCGUUGCGCCUGAACCAAAUGAAGAAGAUGGCGCCGCCGCGGAGGAAAAAGAAGAAAGUGGCAGAGUUGAAGACAACGAGGCCGAGCAGAGUACUGAGCAGUUCCGUCACAUUCAUUCAUUGCCAGUUUCUACCUAUGCGUUUGUACAUGAGGACUAUCAUUAUGAUCCUAGCCAUCUUGUCCCUGUUAGAGUAGAGAAUUCGCUAUUUGUUCUCUUUUACUGCCUUGGAGUUUUGCUGGUUCUUUGUAUUGUUCUUAAUUGAAGUGUGUACUAAGAUCUUCUUUGUAAUUAAAAAUUGUAAGGUUACUUCCACAAUUCCAAUAAUAAGGUACAAUCCUGAAAAAAGAAACAAAUAAUAGCAUG